AUGGUAGGAGAAGCAAAGAACAUGGUGGACGAAAUCCGCAAUUCCUAUGUGAGGGCCCUGCGAUAUUCAACCUGGCUCAGCAGCGAAUUCCGACAAGCUGCUAUAAAGAAGAUUAGGGACAUGGUGUCCUACGUGGGAAGUCCCGGGCGGCACUUAGAGCCCGACUUCGUCGAAGAACUCUACAAACCCUACCCGGAUGCACCGCUGGACCUAGACCAACUGUUCCCGACCUGGAUAAAGGCUCUGGGUCUCUCUACACAGUAUAUGUGGAUGGACACGAAGACCCCGCUGUUCGACGACACUGGUUACAUCCCAUUUUAUACAGGCGCCCUCAACGAUAUCAUUGUACCGACAACAUCCAUGCUUCGUCCAUUCAUGUAUCCAUAUGGGGUACUCGCACUGAACUAUGGUGGGCUUGGAACGAUGAUUGGCGGAGAGAUGAUGCACGCAUUGGACCCACGAGGCUUACAUUCCCUCGAAGGCUACGUACCAGAUGAUACGGACGCCGUCAUGAAAGAAUACACAAAGAGGGCGCUGUGCUUGCGGAAAUCUCGCAAGUCUGUUCUGUCCUUAAGUGGCCAGCAAGAACCGUUGAGCGAGGAACUGGACAGCGAGAACCUGGCUGACCUGGUGGGCACCAAGAUGGCGUAUGACGCUUUUGAUUCCUUGGUGCGCGAAUACAGGGACGAAACACCAGCAGGCCUGAACAUGUCAGUGCAGCAGCUGUUCUUCUUCAACAACUGCGUGAAAUGGUGCACUGAGAAGAAAUCAGAAGAGCCAGACUACGCAAAAAUGCGCUCGCGUUGCAUUGUGCCACUGAUGAAUAUGCGGGAGUUCUCCAGCGCUUUUGGCUGCACUCUCAAAACACCGAUGAGUCCACGAGAGAAGUGCACUUUUUGGGAUUAA